AUGAAGACCUGGCCUGUGGAUUUGGGGAGCAAGCUGGAAGUUGUCACGCCAUUUCUGGGCAAGCACCGUCCAUUUGUCGGGCGCUGCUGCCAAAGGUGCACUCCAAAAAGCUGGAAAUCCUUCUUUCACAAGCAUCUUACCUCUCUGGGAUUUUGCAAUGUGAUCAAGAUAACAGAAGAAAACACCAGGUACAGAGGCUGGCUGGUAAGGAGACUCUCCUACUUCCUGACAGUAUGUGACUGGCAGUUCUGCAACGAUACUCCUGUUAAUAUGCAAGAAAGAAUUUUUCACAGCAAGAGGGUACAGGACAUUGUGUCUCAGAAGGUGUCCCAAGGGAAGGGAGAUGCACCAGUGGCCAGUGUGUCUGUAGCUCAGUGGAUGAAAGACAUUCACAGAAUUCUCGGCCAGAUACAAUCAGCUCUCUCCCCUUUCCUACUGAGGCUUUGCAGCUGGGCUUUACUAAAACUCCUGAAUCAGAUGUUCCUCAAUGUGAUACUCCACAAAGGGCAGCUGGAGAUGUUGCACAGGGCUGUGAAGACGGCUGAUGUUCCUGUGGUUUUUCUAUCAAGUCACAAAUCUGAGCUGGAUGGUCUGUUGCUUCCACUUCUUCUAGUUUCUCAGGGCUUCAGCAUGCCCAGAGUUACUUGGGACUAUAAAGCCUAUACCUCAAAGCACAGGGCUUUGUUGACUCACUUAGGAGGGGUGUUUCUUCCACCAGCAGUGGAGCAGGUAUCAGACAGCAGGAUGGGAGUGCUGUCCAGAGCUGUUCUAGCUUCAUACCUUGAGGAGCUGCUGCUGAGCAGGCAACGAUUGCUGAUCUUCUUGGAAGAGCCCUUCUCUGGUGUACCGCAACUCUCCGCCUCUGGUAGGGAGUGGCUGGCCCUGGUGUUCAAUGCUUUACAAACAGGAAAUGUCCCAGAUGUCCUAAUAGUGCCCAUGGGACUCUCCUAUGACGUGGCCCCCGGUUUGAUUCGUAGUGGACGAGCGAACCACACCCAGCCUCGUAGUCUCUGGAUGUCGCUGAGGACCAUCUGCCGAGCUGCUUGUCAAGGGCUGGGUUGCAUUCGGGUGGAUUUUGCUCAGCCCUUCUCUUUGCAGGAGUAUGUAGCAAAUAGCGCCUUCAGACAGAGCAGUUCAGGGAAACAUCUGGAGGAACUCCUCCUACCAGAAGUACUUGGCAAAUGCCCCAUGAACCUGGACUGUGAGAAAUUGGAAUACCGGUCAUCAGACUCCUAUGGUGCUGUUGCGCUGAACAUGAAGCAGCAAACCUUGAUGGACAAUUUGAGCCUCCAUUCUCUGAGCACUGCUGUGUCCUGCUCUGCCAUAAUGGCUGUGGGGAUUACCUCUGCGCUCCUGCUGCACAAGCACCAAGAGGGAGUCUUCCUGUCACAGCUGAUGCAGGACUUCGUCUGGCUCACCGAGGAGAUCCUUCUUCGCAACUACGACGUGGGGUUCUCCGGGCAGGUGCGGCACGUGGUGCUGCACACCCUUUCCCUUCUGCGGCGCUGCGUCUCCCUCCACCGCCUCUCGCUGGGGGAUGUCCUGGUGGCUCCCAGGAGGACAGAGGCUGCCGUGACAGAGCUGAGCAGGCACAGUGCUGCCCUCCUGCCUGUCUUCAUCCAGGAAGCUGUUGGGGCCUGUGCUAUCAACGCCCUCCUGGUGGAGCUGCUUCCCUACUUAGGAAGUCCUGAGCAGCUGAGGGAUGCUGUCUUUGUCCAGGAAGAGCUGUAUAACAAGACUGCCUCGCUGGUCCAGUUGCUGCCCAGAGACAUCAUCCUGCGCCAGCCGUGCCAGUCUGUGUAUUACUACUGUCAGGUUGCCAUGGACAAGCUGAUCCAGGAUGGCUUGUUGGUCGCUGAAGAGGUGACCAGCGACCGCUUGGCGUGUGAUGCCGCACAGAAGAAUUUCACCAAGAAGCUGCUUUGGAAGGCCACGGAUGGCUUUGAAGACAGUGACAGCGACUAUGAUGAAGAGGCUGGGAAGCAGUGCUUCAAACUAAGCCACCUGGAAAACUGCACCGAUGUCUUUAUGUUUCUCUGCUGCCUUCUGGGCCCCUUGCUGAAGACCAUGAGGAGAGCUGUGGUCUUCCUCGAGGAGUUAGAGUGCCCUCAGCCAGAAUCUCAGUACAUGGAGAAGCUGCACCAGUUCUUGCUGAGGAAGGCAAAUGAAGACUGUUCUUUUGACUGUGCCAACAAGACUCUAGCUGCUGUCUCCAUCACCAUCUAUAAGGAACUGGGGGUGCUGCGAGAACUGCCAGGGCAAACGGGACCCUUUCUCCACCUCUCUCAGACCUUUGCUGCCAAAGCGAACCAAGAGAAACUGGAGAAAUUCAUCGAGCAGUUUAUCUGGCAGUCAGCCUGCUAG